CCCUCGCCCGCGCAGACGGGAGCAGCCGCCCGGCGCGGAGGAGAGGGCGUGCGGUGCCGCGGGACCAUGAGGACGUCCCCGGGCUGGGGCUGGCUCCUGCUCCCAGUUUGCAGGGCUUUGGUCGCCCCCAGGGAGGUGAGCGGGCGGCUGGGCGAGACGCUCUCCCUCCAGUGCUGGUACGCCAGGGGCUACGAGGGCUACAACAAGUACUGGUGCCGCGGGGCCUCGCGGGACUCCUGCCGCAAGGUCGUCGAGACGGCGGGGCCCGACGCGCCCCGGCAGCGCGGCCGCGUCUCCAUCACCGACAACCGCGUCUUCUGCGUGAUCCUGCUGACCGUAGAGCGCCUCGCCGAGGAGGACGCCGGGAGCUACUGGUGCGGGGUCGAGAGGCUGGGCAGGGACCUCAUGGAGCCCGUCAGGGUGGUGGUCUUGCCAGGGCCAGCUGCAGUCCCCAGCUCCCAGCAGGACUUUGUCAACACGGCUCCAUCAGCUACCUCGGCAGCCCUCCCCACCACCCCAACGGCGUGGACGCCCGUGGUCUCCACCGUCACGGCCAGGAUGGAGCUUCCCAACGCCACCAGCACGGCCGCCCCAGGCUCUCCCGGGCCAGCCCGGACCAUCGUGGUGCCCAGCGUAGUGCUGGGGUCCCUGCUGGCUGCCGUGGGCUCUGCCGCGCUCGUCUGGACCCUCGCCGGGAGGAGGAAGGAAGCCCAGCAGAGCCCCCCCGGAGAGGUGCCACCCCCUUACAGCAACGCCAACGCAGUCGCCGUGGUGGAGGGGCCCCCCGGCACCCCGGGGCUCGGCCACCUCUACGGCGCAUCCCCGGCGGAGCCGGCCCGCCCCCGCUGA